UGCCUUUUUCCCUCUUGUUGUGAUGAACCCUUUACCUUGUUUUUCCGUCCUAGGGUAGAGACAGAAAGAACCUAAAAUUUGAAAGGAAAAGAAAAAAAAAAAACGUUUUAUUUCUCAUUUAUUUGUGAUCAAACCCAAAAUUAAGAUUUUGAGGAAGGAUCGGACAUAAAGGAGGUGUAGUGAGGAUUAGGGUUUGUUUGUUUUUGUGGCAAAGAUGGAAUCUUUGGAUGCCACCAUUUCUUCUAAUUCACCAUCUUCAAUAUUAUCAUCUUCUAGUGGUGUGAAUAAUAAUGAUAAUAUUAGUAGUGUAAGUAAUGAUAACAAUGUUAAUAGUAAUAGUAAUGGUGGAACUGUGACAUGGUAUGGUGUGAGGCUACCAUCUGUUAGCCCUUUACGUUCCCCACUUUCCUUUCUCUUGGAUUACUCUGGCAUUCUAAGAUCAAGCCAUGAUUCUGAGAGUUUGGUUGUGAACAAUGGUGUUACGGGUCUAGAAUUGCGGUCUGAGCCUCGGAUUCAGUCACCUGAUGAUGCUGGUGGUGUUGCUUCUGGGACACCCUGCAACAACGGUGCUGCUGGGGAGGUUGCAAUAAGGAUCAUUGGUGCUGGAGAGCAUGAUCACAAUGUGGGGUUAGGUUCGUCUAUUCCCUCAUCGUCAAGGAGUCAGAUUGGAGAAGCGGGGUAUGAUGGUUGUGAUGAGAUGAUUGGUGAUAGAGGGGGAAUUGAUGAUGAUGCCGAGGGUCGUCGCAAUGGAGUUCCGGUCAGCGAGAGGGUGCCUCUGGUGUCUCCAGCUUCUUCUUCGUCUUUGGCUGGUGGUAGUGGGCAGGCUGAUGGCGAUGUGGGGAAUGGUGUAGAUAGUAACAAUAGGGAUUCCUCAAACUACCAGCGAUAUGACAUUCAGCGGAUUGCAAAGUGGAUUGAGCAGAUUCUUCCUUUCUCACUCUUGUUACUGGUUGUUUUCAUCCGUCAGCAUUUGCAAGGUUUCUUUGUCACAAUUUGGAUAUCAGCUGUGAUGUUCAAGUCAAAUGAAAUUGUUAAGAAGCAGACAGCUUUAAAGGGGGAUAGGAAAGUGUCAGUUCUUGUUGGUAUAUCUAUUGCCUUCAUGCUUCAUGUGAUGUUCAUUUAUUGGUGGUAUCGAAAUGAUGAUCUUUUAUACCCACUGGUGUUGGUUCCCCCGAAAGCAAAUCCUUUCUGGCAUGCAAUAUUCAUCAUCCUAGUUAAUGAUGCAUUGGUGCGGCAAGCAGCAAUGGCCUUCAAGUGUAUUCUGUUAAUAUAUUACAAAAGUGGCAGAGGUCAUAGCUUCCGUCGGCAGGCUCAAAUGUUAACGCUGGUUGAGUACACACUGCUAUUGUAUCGUGCCUUAUUACCAACACCUGUUUGGUACCGGUUUUUCUUAAACAGGGCAUACGGCAGUCUCUUUUCAUCCCUGACCACAGGGUUAUAUUUAACUUUCAAGCUAACAUCUGUUGUUGAGAAGGUCCAAUGCUUUUUAUCUGCCUUGAAAGCAUUGUCAAGAAAGGAAGUUCAUUAUGGGGUUAAUGCCACAAUGGAGCAGGUUAAUGCUGCUGGUGACUUAUGCGCCAUAUGCCAGGAGAAAAUGCAUGCCCCCAUAUUGUUGCGCUGCAAACACAUUUUCUGCGAGGAGUGUGUGUCAGAAUGGUUUGAGAGAGAAAGGACAUGCCCUCUAUGCAGAGCACUGGUAAAGCCUGCUGAUCUGCGUACCUUCGGAGACGGAUCAACGAGUCUCUUUUUCCAGUUGUUCUAGACUCUAGAAGCUUCUUGUUAGGUUGGAUCAUAAUUUUGCCAACCUCUGGUCGAAAGUACCUUGCUUCUUACUCGGCUAUCGAGGGAUUUUUUCGUCAAUCGGUUCCUGGGAAAUAAGAUUGAAGGAAUCAUCUUGGAUAUGACUGUACACUCAGUCAUGGCUUGAGAGCACAACAUUCCUCCUCUUUUAAUGAAUUUUAGGUGUACAAAAGAAAAGGGCUCAAACUUAAGGGAAUCAACUAACCCUAAGUAUUCUUUAUAUCUCAGUGUGAUGGACACAGAUUUGUUCUUAAUGUUCAUCUUUUUGAAAUUCAUUCGCCUCUUAUUUUUUUUUUUUUUCAAAGUAUGUUUAUAUUUAUAAUAUAUAAAUGUUUCUUUCAUAGCCCUUUUGUUUAUUUUUAUUAUUUUAAUGCAAAACAUGUCAACUGAUUUUGUUUCUUGUACACAUGUAAACUGAAAUUGCUACUUGGUGUAAGAAACUUGGAUUUGGAUGCUUUCGA